AUGAGAGAAGAGUUUAACCAAUCAAUAGAGAGCUUGAUCACCCUUAUGGAGCCUGAAGAACUCAAAGAGAAGUUGCUUAUGAAGCCUGAAGAACUCAAAGAGAAGUUGCUCACAACAGAGAUCACACAAAAGACUCCAAAGGCUUUAGACUUAGAAGAGGGACAAGAGCUCACAAAGAAGCAUCAAGAGGCCGAGAUCAUAAGAGUAAGAGGAAUGCAAGAAGAGAAUGUUGUACCAUUCAAGUCAUCGCCAACACCAUUUUUUCUGGUUUUACAAGGAACCAAGGAAACAACCUUGUUCAUCAUCUCCAAGCAAAUGAAAGCUCUUCUCUAG